UUAAACAGCUAUUCUAGGCAGCCUUUGAUCAACCAGACAAUCCUGGCUUUCCUAGAGGGAAUGACAAAUGUCAUUUUCUAAAAUACCUGAAAUGCUUCACUUUAAACCAAUUUAUACAAUUGCCUGUUUCAAGCAAAAAAGAAUAAUUGUUCUCUGCAGAUCUAUGAAUUCUACAGUGUUCGAAAAUCCUUGCCAUCUGACAUAGAGGGAUUUAUAGGUUUAGUGGAAAUUGCUUUCCCCACCCUCCAGAUUAAAUACUGUGGGAUGAUUUUUCAUAUGAGUAAACAUCUUUCUAAUAACGGACAGACUGAUAAAGUCUUAACAAGAGAAAAAAGGUUUUCAUUUUGUUUUUCUUCUUCUUUUGUGGACUAUUUCUGGACAUAAGGCCAGAGGAUAUCAUGUUGAUUGUUCAUAAAAUGCAAUUUUGCAUCUUUAUGCUGUUUUGUGGAUUGGUUUUGUCCACAGAAUGCAGAGCUCACUAGCAAGGAAAAGAAAUACAUGAAGUCUACAAGAAGGGCAGUCGGUCUCAAAGACAGAGAAGAGAAACGCAUGGAGAAUCACACAAGCAAAGCAGUCCAAUACUUAAACAAAGUCCUGAUAUCACCAAAUCACCACUGACAAAGUCAGAGCAACUUCUGAGAAUAGCUGACCAUGACUUCAGCAUGCGACCAGGUUUUGGAGGCCCUGCCAUUCCUGUUGGAGUAGAUGUACAAGUUGAAAGCUUGGAUAGUAUUUCAGAGGUUGACAUGGACUUCACCAUGACACUUUACCUUAGACACUACUGGAAAGAUGAAAGACUCUCGUUUCCAAGCACCAACAACCAAAGCAUGACCUUUGAUGGCAGACUAGUGAAAAAGAUCUGGGUGCCCGACAUGUUGUUUGUACAUUCCAAGCGCUCCUUUAUCCACAACACUACCACAGAUAAUGUCAUGCUUCGGGUCCAGCCAGAUGGGAAGGUACUUUAUAGCUUGAGGGUUACUGUAACAGCUAUGUGUAACAUGGAUUUCAGCCAUUUUCCCCUUGACACACAGACGUAUUCACUGGAAAUUGAAAGCUAUGCUUAUACUGAAGAUGAUCUCAUGCUAUACUGGAAGAAUGGGAAUGACUCCCUGAAAACAGAUGAGAGGAUAUCACUAUCCCAGUUCCUCAUACAAGAGUUUCACACUACCACGAAACUUGCCUUCUAUAGCAGCACAGGCUGGUAUAACCGUCUCUACAUCAAUUUCACUUUACGCCGGCAUAUCUUCUUCUUCCUACUCCAGACCUAUUUCCCUGCCACUCUGAUGGUCAUGCUGUCUUGGGUGUCUUUUUGGAUAGACCGCAGAGCUGUGCCUGCAAGAGUUCCCUUAGGGAUUACAACAGUGUUGACCAUGUCUACCAUCAUCACGGGUGUCAAUGCCUCCAUGCCUCGGGUUUUCUACAUCAAAGCUGUGGACAUUUAUCUCUGCAGUUUUGUGUUCGUCUUCCUUUCAGUGUUAGAAUAUGCAGCAGUGAACUACUUGACUACAGUGCAAGAGUAAGGAACGGAAGCUGCAAGACAAUCGUUUCCUUGCACCUGUGUACUACCUCAGUCAAGGCAAAUAAUGGGAACGGAUGGCAGCCACAGUGAUGGGGAGGUGAACGAACUGGGACAAUAUAUUCAAAAUGGAGAUAAACAAGACAGAGUGAUGGUCCAACUGGCACUUGGAUUUGAAAGGAAUUCAACCAGGAGGAAAAACCAGAGAUACAGCAGCAUAAGGAUUGAUACACAUACUAUUGACAAGUAUUCCAGAAUAAUAUUCCCAGGGGCAUACAUUUUAUUUAACCUGAUAUAUUGGUCCAUUUUUUCAUAGUUAUUUCUUUAGCCAGCUUCCAUGUGGUAUAUGCAUUAACUGUAUGAAAUGAAUGUCCAUCAAGAAAAUAUGACAAUAGAGACUGGAUAUUUUUGGUUUUGACAAAAACAUUUGAUACUCCUAUCAAAUAAGUGGAAGUGUCUGCUGGACUAGCCCUCAAAAUGGUCAUAAAAAAACUGGAGGGUGAAAAAUAAAAAACUGCAAAAGGACAGACAAAAGGGAUUGUUUGAAUAGUGUUUUUUAUUUUAAAAGACAUUAUGUGAGAAACAUUACUAAAGAACACAGUAGUGAUGUGGCUUUGAAGAGAAGAAAAAUUCCGAAGCUUCUCAAUUUGAAAUUGCUAGUCCUUGAACGUUUGUUCCAAUUACAGAACUAAUGGACCAUGUUAAUACUUGUCUCCAUUUGUAAAUAUAUACAAUAUUGUAAAACUAUCAAUUUGUGUGUAAAUAGCUAACAUUGCAAAUCUAAACACUGUACACUUUUACCAUCAAGA